AUGAUGCUUGAAUUCGCGGUCCUCUCGGUCGCAGUACUGGCUCUGCUGCUACUUGCUCCCAUCGUCAUCUUCUGCGCGAAGAAUAAUCCCUGGAGUCAAUGCCGAACUCUCGGCUUCAAUCUGUUUGGCGCGCGCAAACCCGCCAUUUCAAGCAGCGAGAUCGUCUCCCUUCGAGUCUAUCCCAUCAAGUCCUGCCGUGGGAUCGAACUGAAGAAAUCCACUCUGCUCACGACAGGACUCGACCUUGACCGACAAUGGAUGUUCAUCGAUCCCACGAAGAACGAGUUCCUGACCAUCCGUCAGAUCCCGCAAAUGACACUGAUCAACACGGCGCUUACUGAGGAUGGCGAGACCCUCCUGCUCAGUGUUGCAGGAGACAAUGAACAACGGGUUGUCCGUAUCCCCGCCCACCCAUCAGCUGCCUGGCUUGCCGAUCACACCACCCUCGAGACAGUCAAGAUCUGGGACACAGUGACGGACGGGUACGUGUACGGGCCGGAAGUCAACGAGCUAUUCAGUGUCUUUCUGGCCCGUCCUGUCUGCCUGGUUUACAAGGGCCCGAAGCCCCGCGUGCUCCAGGGCAACGGCGACCCGCGCCUACUGGGUCGCAAACAGACGACAAACUUCCCAGAUGUGCACCCCGUGCUGAUAGGGUCGGAGGCGUCGAUCGCUGAGCUGAAUGCACGCCUGCAGCACAAGGGCGUGGAUCCCAUCACCAUCGAGCGUUUCAGACCAAAUAUCAUUGUCGCGGGCAACGCGCCCUGGACGGAGGACUCGUGGAAACUCGUACGCAUCUCCCCACAGAAGUCGAGCAGCAGCAGCAGCAGCAGCGCCGCUAUGCGGCAGCGCAAGCAGAAGCCACUAGAGAUAGACAUUUUGGCGCGGUGCGCGCGGUGUCAAGUGCCGAACGUGGAGCCCUCGACGGCGCAGAAGCACACGCGUGAACCCUGGGACACCCUCAUGUCGUACCGACGGGUGGAUGAGGGGAUGAAGUGGAAGCCAUGUUUCGGUAUGCUGAGCGCACCGCGCAACGAGGGGCCGGUUGAGGUCGGGAUGCUGGUGGAUGUUUUGGAAGAGACGACGCAGCAUCGAUAUAUUUCUGGAUUUUAG